GGAUCGCUUGUGCUCCUUCUGAAGAUCCUUCCGGCAACAACGGAACCCUCAGACGCCCCUUCCUAUCCUUACGAGAAUCCUCUGCCUCCUCCUUGUCCCCCGGGCGAUCCAAUCUGCGAAACGCCCACGGAGAAUCACGGCGAUGAUCUACAGUUGGGAGAUUUUUACGAAGAUAUUGUGGGGAGUGAGAGUCUCCAUAUCCAAGGAGAUACGAAUCGUGGAAUCGGUGACGAAGAAGAUAAAGGUUGGAAUAAGGACACGGAUGAAGAAAAUAUGGGCGGGAGACAAGAAUCACAAAAGGAGGAAGUCGAGGUGAUUCUAGACUGUGUUUUCUCGAAUAUACCAAUCGUAGGAGGCAAGUGGUUGACGAAAAUAUUCCGAGAGAGAGUGUCCGAUGCAACACUGAUCGAGGCAACAAAUAGUUUCAUCGACGGUGGGGAACUUCUUAUCAACCUGAUCAAUCUCAAACCACGUUCGGUACCCGUGAAGUUUUUCAAAUCUCUCAGUUCCUGUUUCGAGUUCGAGGAAGAUUAUAAUCCCCACGAAAGAGCAAAAGGGGAAGGACCUACUCAGAGCACAGGAGAUUCUAACAGUGACGAGGGACCGAAGGCGAAAAUGGCAUCGUCUACCCUCUCGCACCAAAGAAAACGGAGGUCGGCCAAGGGUGGUUAUGGCAAGGAUACUCUCUAUGGAUUUUCUCUUCUUGGCCUGUUAAUUGUCGGCUCAUUAAUAGCCUAUCUUAUUUAUCUCUUAACGAUGUGAUUUAAGGAGAAAACAUUGAUUAACCCUGGUGAAUUCUUGUUAAUUUGGGCAUUAUUUGUGAUGUGAUUAUCUCGUAUGUGGUAUUACAUAUAUGUAUGUAUGAAUAUGUAUACACACACACACACACACACACACACACACACACACACACAC